GCAGUCUCCACGUGUUUCUUUCAUUUUAUUUCUGAGGAUUAUAUAUUUUAAUUGUUGUUUUAAUGUUUAUUUAUUAACUAAUCAAUUUGUUGUUAGAAUGUUAAAGAGGUGCAGUGUAGUGAAGAAUUUGAUGGAAACCUUUACCAGUGAAAAACAGGCAUCAACAAAUCAAGGUUCUGUAAAAUGCCCUCCUUGUGUGGGGCCAGCUGCCUCAAUGUGCACCCCAAAUCACAGAAAGCAUCCAACUAUCGACGAAGAAGUAGGCAGUCUAUUUGCUUCUGACGAUGACGUUUUUGUGCAAGCGAGUACAACUCAAACCAAAAGACGUUGGUGUAGAGCUUCAAUAGAGCAUAUAAAGACCACGAUUUUGGUUAUUAUCUGGUUAAUAUGCAGUACUACUUUGAUGAUGAAAAACGAACGUGUACAUGUGAGGCAUCAUCUUAGUAUACCAAGGGAUUCAACUAAAGGUUAUAUUAUCUCAGAAGCAAUAGUAACCCAAAACAUGGAAAUCAGCCUAGAGGGUGCCCUUUUACCAUCAUAUUAUGCCAAUUUAUCAUCACACACAAUGAAUGUAUGGGUACAACUAAUCAAAACAUCAUUCCGACCCUCAAACAUCUCCAACCUUCGAAGUUCAGAUAUUUUAUCAGUCAAAAACGUAUCAGAAGUCUGGAAAAUCCCUAUAGUUUCCGGUAAACUAAUAGGAACAGUACCGGAAGUGCGCCAUCGCAAAAUCUACAAAUUAUACGACCUUGAAACACGCGAAAGUUACAGUCAUUAUUUCCUCAAAGUAAAACUUAAAACAAACAUCAAAGCAAACUUACCACUAUCAAUCAGUUACAACGUUGAACCAAUCAACGAAGACCACGGAAUUAUUUACGCCACAGGAUUACUUUUACUAUUAUAUGUCCUAAUGAUAUCGGAAGUGGUACAUCGUACAUUGGCCGCCAUGUUAGUAUCAACCAUGGCAGUCGCCAUCUUGGCAGCUCUCAAUGACAGACCAACUCUAUCCGAGAUUAUCUCAUGGAUAGACGCGGAAACAUUGGUUUUGCUGUUUUCCAUGAUGACUUUGGUCGCCAUAUUUACAGAAACCGGCAUAUUUGAUUAUAUGUCUGUUUUAGCAUACAAGUUAACCGGUGGUAAAAUAUGGCCAUUGAUUAACACUUUAAGUUUCUUCACGGCGUUGUUAUCCUGUUUUCUGGAUAAUGUUACAACUGCUUUGUUGAUGACACCAGUGACAAUUAGAUUGUGUGAGGUUAUGAAACUCAAUCCAGUUCCGGUGUUGAUCAAUAUGAUCGUCUACUCGAAUAUAGGUGGCGCACUUACACCAAUUGGAGAUCCGCCGAAUGUUAUUAUUGCGUCUAAUCCAACUGUGCAGAAGGCAGGGAUUAAUUUUUCUAUGUUUACGAUGCAUAUGAGUAUUGGUGUGUUUUUAUCCAUGAUUGUUGUACAUUUGCAAUUGAGGUACAUGUACAGGGAUAUUAAUUUAUUGAAGAAUAACGAGCCGGUUGAUGUGCAAGACCUUAAACGUGAAAUCGCAGUCUGGCAAAGAACCGCAGCAUCCCUCAGCAGUUACAGCAAAGACGAGGACGUUGUAAAAGACUCCUUAAUGAAGCGCACCUCCAGAUUAGUUGGUAAACUAAACACUAAAUCCAACAACAAAGGCGAUGAUUCUCCAGUCCAAAUGCAAAUGGACAACGAAAUAAUCCUCGACAUAAAAGAACUGGAAAGGAAAUACCCAAUCAGAGACAAAGUCCUCUUGAUAAAAUGCGGGUUCACCCUGUGUUUUGUCAUAGUAGUAUUCUUCCUACAAACCAUACCAGCCUUCAGUAAACUAGGACUUGGAUGGACUGCACUCCUCGGUGCUCUGCUCUUGUUGAUCAUGGGCCAGAGAAACGACAUUGAAUCAAUUCUAGCGAGGAUUGAAUGGGGAUCUCUGUUAUUUUUUGCUUCCCUGUUUGUGUUGAUGGAAGCAUUGAGUAGAUUGGGAUUGAUUGAUUGGAUUGGUCUACAAACGCAUGCAAUCGUGAUGUCUGUUGAUCCAGACGCGCGAUUGUCAGUUACGAUUAUUCUGUUGAUGUGGGUGUCGGCCAUUGCUUCAGCUUUUAUUGAUAAUAUACCGUUAACUACUAUGAUGGUGAGGAUAGCUGUCAAUUUAUCGGAUAAUAGGGAUUUGGCGCUUCCUCUGCAGCCAUUGGUUUGGGCGUUAUGUUUUGGAGCGUGUCUUGGAGGAAAUGGAACAUUGUUUGGUUCAUCAUCAAAUAUUAUCUGUGCUGGAGUUGCGGAACAACAUGGCUAUAGAUUUUCUUUUAUAGAGUUCUUCAAGGUUGGAUUUCCAGUCAUGAUAAGCAGUCUAAUUGUAACAACAAUUUAUUUAUUAAUGGCUCAUGUUGUCUAUGCAUGGCAUUGAUAAGAAAGUUUUAUAUUAAAAAAGUGUUAUUUUAUUACAUUUGUCAAUUUUAUUACUGUUUAAAUCUGAAAUCGUUG